UCACAAAUAAAUCACACUCCAAUUCUAUGUUAGGGUUUGUCUGAACUCUGAACGGGUUUUCAAUCAGGAUCCGAGCAGUACUGUUGCGCAUGGCGAAACCAACGGGGUCUGGUUUAGGCUCAUCCUCCCGCUCUCGCUCUCGCUCCAUAUCCUACACUUCUUCUUCAGCUCCCUCUCCGAAGAAAAGUUCUGAUGAUGAACCAACGCCAGGCCGCUCUCCACCACCUCAAUCUAACGACGCUUCUCCACCUCCCAGUUUUGUGACCUAUAAGGCUAGGAUUCAGAGCCUGGUGAAGGACAGCAAUCGACAUGAAGAGGCUAUCGAGAUUCCAUAUCAUUGCCUAGGUGCUGUUGAGAUACACAAGAGGACCCAUGAGGCCAGGAUUACCGAACUUGAGCUCGAGGCUCAGGUAUUACACCAGAGGAUAGAAGUUGCAAAGGCCACAAAGGCCAGGAUAGAAGCUGCAGAGGCUGCAAAACAGAGGGCUAACGCAAUCAAGGCUAUACUAGUCUCUCUUUUUGGUUAGUGGUAGAUUCACUUGGGUGGGUGGUGCCUUAGUGCUUGGGUUAGGGAUAUAAGGAUACGUCGUUAUAUGCAAGAGUGUAGAACCCUUGCUAUCUCUUUAGGCAUAUUAUUUUGGAUAAUAUUAUAUAGAUCUUUUCCAUCCUAACCCCAUUAAACUUUUGUGAUUAGCUUUUGAUUGAUGUAACGGUUUCAAAGAUAUGUAUAUAAGAAGCAUAUGUUUAUUAUCACAAC